AUGGAAGUAAAAUUCAUUAUUGGCAAGUACAGUGACAGGAGACCCCAGAGAACUGAGCCGCAAAGAAUUUGCUGAGCUUUGUGGCUAACUCCCUGGCCUAGUUUGAUCUUGAAGUCAUUGUUUUGGAUCAUCCUUUCAAAUCUGUUCCUACACUUAAGAGCCACUCAGCAUGUGACUGAGCUCCCUCCUGAGUUCAUUUGCAUCGACCUGUCAGAGCUGACUUUCAGUGGAUAUACAUCACAUCAAACCAUCCAACAGAUGUCCCUUUCAAAUAACUUGGAGCAGAACCAACUAUAUGGAGAAGUCAUAAAUGAGGAAAUACAACCAAGGAUUUUCAAUGGCUUGGCAUAGCUCCUUUCACAGAAGACUUGGUCUCUUGAUUGGAUCCUGAAAUAUGUGAGCAUAAGCAAAUUGACUCUCACCCCAUUUGUGGCUCACUCUGUGACAGGAGACUCAAAGGGACACUCUGGAAUCUAAAAUCUUCAUUAUCUCAAUGACGUGUCCUACAAUUCCAUAUCUCCAAGAAAGAAUACAUUUAAGAACAGGGAUAAAAGAAAUUAG